AUGUCUUAUAAUAAAAUUGAAAGGAGAAAGCUAGGAAUUACAAGAUGGAAACCUAAUAAUCAAAAUUUAAAAAAGAAAAAAGUUAUAGCUACUAUUGCAUCAAUUUCACAAUCAAAUACAGAAAAUUCUCAUCAAGCUAUUUCAGACAAACAGAUACCAACUGAUUCAACAAAUAUAAUUAGAGAAGUAUUGGAAAAUGAAUGGGAUAAGAAUUGA